CCCCUCGCCCCACCGCCGCUUGAAAUGACGAGCGAGCAUUUUAGAUUCAGUUUCGAAUCGUCCACGUUUUGUGAAGCAUCAUCUAGGUUCACGGAGUGGAAAUCUGAAUUGAAAAAUCUUACAAUAGCAUUACUCAAUAGCCGCUCAAUAUGUAUUUAACCAUAGAUUCUGACAUAUUGUGGCUGAGUAAGCGAGUCUUGUCAUUGGCUGGUAUUUGGCCAGAGAGCCCGAAUAAUUUUCGAUUUUUCAUUUACCUUCUGUACUUGAGUUUAUUCAACUGCGCCGAAUUUGCCGCGCUCGUACCGAAUUUGUAUUGGAUGAAUUUUGACAAGUCCGUCAGGAAUAUGACAGAGUCUAUACCCACGGCCAUGGUGAUUCUGAAGACGGCGAUGUUCCGUAGAAAUAUGCAGCUGUUGUUGCCGUUGUUGAGUGAAGUCAGAGCAGACAAAUUCAGCGUAGAGGAAGAGCCAGGAAUUGCAUGGUUGUAUAAUAUCAUGGGAAAGUUGUAUACACGUCUCUCCGUCGUCCUGAUAUUCAUCGUCACGACGAUGCUGUACGCAGUACCGUUAUCCCAGUGGAUCGUUGCCAAAUCCAAUAAUUUAACCUCAACCUACGAGCUACCUUAUCAAAUGUAUUUUGGAUUUGAGAUUAACGACUUGCGUAGUCACGUACUGGCGUGUCUCAGUCUACUGCCAAUGAGCACAGUUUUGACAAUCGGCUGUACGGGAUCGGAUAUAUUGUUGGUUGUCCUGAUAUUCUACCUAUGCCGACAGUUUGUAUUGCUUUCCGUGCGAAUUCGAAAUGUCGAGACUGAUCCGUUGAUUCACCCAACGAAAAUGAAACAGCUGAUCGAGAGACACGCCAAUCUCAUUGGAAUGGCCACAGCUUUAAAUAAGACUUACAGCUCCCUCUUGCUGGUGCAAACUAUGGGUCUUAGUUUUGUCAUUUGCAUAGUGGCUUUCGAGUUACUCACGAUGGCAGAAGUUGGAGAGGAAACGAAUACCUUGAGCUUCAUUAUUUAUUCACUGGCGGUUGUAACGCUACUUUUCAGCUACUGCUUUCUCGGCGAGUGUUUAAUUCACGAGUUGAUAACCCGUUUUGACCUUCCAGAGUUCCUCGAUUCACAACGCUUGCUAUUUUUCAAACUGGUACCAAUUGCCGCCAGACCUCGCCAGGCCAAUAAUCAUCCCGAUCAUGAGAUCACGAAAACCCUUGCACUUGACAGCAGGACAAUUUUACGUAUUUUCCCUAGAAACAUUUACAUCUAUCAUGAAGGGCUCCAUGGCGUAUCUCUCGGUCUUGAGAGAAAUUAAGUAAAUAUUUCAUCCACAUAGGAUUGUCCACAUGUCAUUGGAUCUGCAGCUACAUGGAAUCUAUAGGAAGGAUAGGCUUGAUCCCACUGGUUUUUAUUACAACAUUGAGUAAUUAAAAAAAAUUCACAGAUACACAAUUGUUUGCUAAAGGAGAUAAAAGAAAAUUUAUUUUUUAUUCAAGAAUGAUACAUAGUGUACAGUCGAUGGAAUACAAAUGUUAAACGGUUGUGCUGCUCGCUAAAUAAAGAUUUGUCUGAUACUGUAAGUGAAACCGCA